GAUGCACAAAUAAUCUAUGUCCUGUCUGCAGUAUGUCAGCCCACAUGUAUAAUUUUAAACACACAUUUCUUGCAUUAUUUUAUUUCUACAAUAUGUUUGAGUUGUGUAAAAUAUAUUUUUUUUAUCCCUUAGCAUUGGCACGUACUGAGGGAGGAAAUUAAACUUGCUGUGAUUCUACACUUAACCCAUCUCGUCUUCUCUGCCUUUAACCACCGAGACUUUAAAACAUGUGCUUAGCUGCGACCUAUUAUUUGCUUCAGUUCUUGUGACAUUCCUUUUCCAGUCAGUAAACUACCUCAGCUGGAUUUCCUUUCAGACACAUUUCUUAAACUGUAUUUGACCGGAAAUCCAUUUUUAUUCCAACGCAAAUUAGACGUCAUCCUAUGUAAAGUCACUCAUGUGAAAUAACCAGAUGAGGACCGCACUCUAACAGCCAACUGGUGCAUCUUUCUCCCAAAUCUUGACGGUCGGAAUCGCCACGUUUGCUCGCAGCGCAGUUUCGUUCACGGGGGUGUCGGCGCCGAGCCUCCAGCGGCGAAAGGAUCGUGAUGUUCUUCAGGCCGACCUGACGCACACGGUCGCCUCCGCCGGAUUAAAGUGCGGAUUCGGUUUCGGAGAGCCCCGUCCCCCACCCCCUUUGGUCCGGUGGGUGCCCCCCUGUUGCUUUAAGCAGUGCGUCCUGCCGUCCAACAGGAGGCGUGUCUCCCCUACGGCCGGAGCGCAGCUUCCAGAUGCAAGUGCGGGGGAAGCGGCUCGUCUCCUCCAUAGAAGCAAAUCAACUUCUUUGUGCUGCUCUGGUGACUCUCCACUGCUCCAUCACUAUCUAGGUAAAUGGAUGUCUUCAAGCCCUGCCCUGCCUAACAUGGACGCCCCACCGCCGCCGCCACCACCACCACUACUUCCACCAUCAUCUUCCUCAGCCGACUCCGAGGCUUGUUUCUCCUUGGCGCAGUGAGCUGGACACGCAGUGAUAUUUAUUUUGGAAUUUUUCUUUUCUUUUUUUUUUAACCCCAUUUUUUCUCCUUUUUUUUUGUUGGCCAAAUGGAUGUGAGAAAACCUUUGCUCAGUCCGCCAGUGAAGAUCAUGCCGUGAUCUUGCAGCUGCUUAAAUUCACGUGAAAAGCGAAAGAGAUAUUCCGGGGAAUAUACCGAUUCAGGGAAUAAAAGAAUCCUGUGUACCACACAAGCACCAUGAAGAGUACCUCCCUGCUGAUAUUUAAGGCGAGAUUCAGGUGGACCGUCAGACUUCUACUGCUGCUAUUACACUGUGUGGGAUAUUCUCACGGGAUGCCACACGUCCUGAGAUUUGGGGGGAUAUUUGAGUCCAUCGAGAGCGGCCCAUCAGGUGCUGAGGAACUAGCCUUUAAAUUUGCUUUAAACACAAUCAACAGGAACAGAACCUUACUGCCAAACACCACGCUCACCUACGACAUCCAAAGGAUAAACAUCUACGACAGCUUCGAAGCCUCCAGGAAAGCCUGUGACCAACUUUCUCUUGGGGUGGCAGCCAUCUUCGGCCCCUCUCACAGUUCCUCUGCCAAUGCGGUCCAGUCCAUCUGCAAUGCCCUGGGGGUCCCACACAUCCAGACCAAAUGGAAGCACCAGGUAUCGGACAACAGAGAUGUCUUCUAUGUAAGCCUCUAUCCAGACUUCUCCUCCCUCAGCCGGGCCAUCCUGGACCUGGUGCACUUCUUCAAGUGGAAAACAGUCACAGUGGUUUAUGAUGACAGCACUGGUCUGAUUCGUCUGCAAGAACUUAUAAAGGCGCCAUCGCGGUACAACAUCCGUUUAAAGAUCCGGCAGCUGCCUGCAGAGACCAAGGAUGCCAAGCCGCUGUUAAAGGAGAUGAAACGGGGGAAGGAGUUUCACAUCAUCUUUGACUGUGGCCACGAAAUGGCUGCUGGGAUCCUGAAGCAGGCUCUCGCCAUGGGGAUGAUGACAGAGUAUUAUCACUAUAUCUUCACCACACUGGAUCUGUUUGCUCUGGAUGUGGAACCUUACCGAUACAGUGGUGUGAACAUGACGGGCUUCAGGAUCCUCAACACUGAGAACAGCCAAGUGGCCUCCAUCAUCGAGAAAUGGUCCAUGGAGCGACUGCAGGCACCACCAAAACCUGACUCUGGUCUACUGGACGGCUUCAUGACCACGGACGCUGCGCUGAUGUACGAUGCCGUGCACGUGGUGGCCGUGGCUGUGCAGCAGUCUCAGCAGAUCACUGUCAGCUCAUUACAGUGCAACCGACACAAGCCCUGGCGCUUUGGGAACCGCUUCAUGGCCCUCAUCAAAGAGGCUCACUGGGAUGGCCUCACUGGGAGAAUCACUUUUAACCGGACCAAUGGCCUGAGAACCGACUUUGACCUUGACGUGAUCAGUCUGAAGGAGGAAGGGCUCGAGAAGAUUGGUACCUGGGACCCUCCAAGUGGACUGAACAUGACAGACAACCAAAAGGGCAAGACGACCAAUGUCUCCGAUUCCUUGUCCAAUCGCUCUCUGGUCGUCUCCACCAUACUGGAAGAGCCGUACGUGAUGUUCAAGAAGUCUGACAAGCCGCUGUACGGGAACGAUCGCUUCGAGGGCUACUGCAUAGACCUGCUGAGGGAGCUGGCUAACAUCCUGGGCUUCACUUACGAGGUGCGCCUGGUGGAAGACGGAAAGUACGGCUGCCAGGAUGAGAACACGGGCCAGUGGAACGGCAUGAUCAAGGAGCUAAUGGACCACAGAGCUGAUCUUGCAGUGGCUCCCCUCGCCAUCACGUACGUCCGCGAGAAGGUUAUCGACUUCUCCAAGCCCUUCAUGACGCUGGGUAUAAGUAUACUGUACCGCAAGCCCAACGGGACCAACCCUGGGGUCUUCUCCUUCCUCAACCCCCUCUCGCCCGAUAUCUGGAUGUAUAUUCUGCUGGCUUACUUGGGUGUCAGUUGUGUGCUGUUUGUCAUAGCCAGGUUUAGUCCCUACGAGUGGUAUAACCCCCACCCUUGCAACCCUGACUCGGAUGUAGUGGAAAACAAUUUCACCCUGCUAAAUAGUUUCUGGUUCGGAGUUGGAGCUCUCAUGCAGCAAGGAUCUGAGCUUAUGCCGAAAGCCCUCUCCACCAGAAUUGUAGGAGGUAUCUGGUGGUUUUUCACGCUCAUCAUCAUCUCCUCCUACACGGCAAACCUGGCGGCCUUCCUCACCGUGGAGAGGAUGGAGUCGCCCAUCGACUCCGCUGACGAUCUGGCCAAGCAGACAAAGAUAGAAUACGGAGUGGUAGAGGACGGCUCCACCAUGACCUUCUUCAAGAAAACCAAGAUCUCCACGUACGAUAAGAUGUGGGAGUUCAUGAGCAGUCGGCGGCACUCGGUGAUGGUGAAGAAUGUUGAGGAAGGCAUUCACCGGGUGCUCACGUCGGACUACGCGUUCCUCAUGGAGUCCACCACCAUCGAGUUCGUCACACAGCGCAACUGCAACCUCACACAGAUUGGGGGCCUCAUUGACUCCAAAGCCUAUGGGGUUGGCACGCCGAUGGGCUCUCCAUACAGAGAUAAGAUCACUAUUGCCAUCCUGCAGCUUCAGGAGGAAGGGAAGCUGCACAUGAUGAAGGAGAAGUGGUGGCGGGGAAACGGCUGUCCCGAGGAGGAGAGCAAGGAGGCCAGCGCCCUCGGGGUGCAGAACAUCGGCGGGAUCUUCAUCGUCCUCGCUGCCGGACUCGUCCUGUCCGUGUUCGUGGCCGUGGGCGAGUUCCUCUACAAGUCCAAACAGAACGCACAACUUGAAAAGGCCCAAUGGCGUCAACGAGAUAAGAAACAGGUCCUUCUGCAGUGCCAUGGUGGAGGAGCUGCGGGUUUCCCUCAAGUGCCAGCGCCGGCUCAAACACAAGCCCCAGCCCCCUGUCAUGGUGAAAACCGAGGAGGUCAUCAACAUGCACACCUUCAACGACCGAAGACUGCCAGGGAAAGAGACUAUGGCCUAAAGUGGAAAUCCCAAACACUUUCUCACCCUCUCUCCUGUACUGGGGUAGUGUGCAAGGACACUGGGGAAAACGGUGCGGGAAAAUGGUAGGGGAGGGGGGCGGUUAGUGGGUUGUAAUGGCUGGAAGUUGGGUUAUUGUGAAGAUAGAGCAGAAUUGCUUUGCAGUAUAUUGAUGAAGUGUCAUUCUUGUUUCUUUAUAAUUAGCUAGGGAUAAGAGAUUCAACAAUAUUUCCUGUGGAAAUAACUUGAACCUGGGUGAAAUUUCAGCGAGUUACCUCAUUACUCUUACCACCUUGGCAAGGCAGCGAACUACAAGUGCCAGGAUUUUUGAAACCCAGGAGCUGAAGAGCCUAGACGGUAAAUAAAUUAAAAAAAAUAAUAAUAAUAAUUGGACCCUUAAUCUUUGGCUGCUGCUCCUUCAGCCUUUCAGCGCAACGCUCAAAAGAGGCUGGUCGAGCAGCAACGAGCAUCUAAGAGAUCAUGAGUUAACGGAAGGACCACGGGCUCUCGACUAAAUUGUAUCCAAAUGCGGAAAAAGAAAUAAAAAAAAUGUCGAGCUCGGUGUCCUGAUUAUGUAAAGAGAGGAAUUGCUUAGUCACAUUAUACCGAUUGACGUAAAGAAAUAAAAUAAUGGAUAUACUGUAAAUCAUCCAUCAGGCAAUAAGUGACAUUAUCUGUUUGUGUUUCAGAGUACUAACACUUUUAGCCUUUAAUAUGGGUUGGGUGGGGGAUGGAUGGGAGGUUGCAGUAGGGGCGGGGGGGCGGGAUUCAAACACAGAAUGCAGAAGCCGGGGCAAUAUCGCGAGCUGAUAUCCACGGAUAGCAGUCAUCCAGUCGUCAGCGAGGAUUCUGUGGAGGUGCACACCAUUCAGGUGCUUUCAAACAUCCAGCGGCUGCGACAUCGCUCUUCUCUGUUUUGAGUUAUCGCAGCAGCUGAGGGCGACUCCCUGUCAGCUCUUUCACAGAAACGGAGCUAAACAAGAACGGACAGUAGCUUAAAACAGGGGAAUGGAAUAGUAAAGGACGGUCAUGAUAUUAUAGUAGAUUUUUGCUAAUUAGUCUCAUAAAUAUUAGCCUACCAACACGUUAUCAGACUUUUGAGUUUGAUCUGUCUGUUCUCUGCUGGUGAAUGGGUGUCAUUACGACGAGUCAGUACUUGUAAAGCCCCCCACCCCCAAUGUAUUGUUUCCUUCUCUGUAGUGUCUGUGGUUGCCAUGGCCACACAGCAUUAAGCAAUGGCAUUAGCCCAGAGCGGUGUGCAUCCACGAGAACGGCGGGCACCAUGUUUACAUUGAAAAACAAUGGAGGCAUCUGCUCACCGUCUCGGAAGUCGGAACUCUUGGAACUCUGGGGCACAACUCUCCAAGUCUAAAUUCACAGCAAUCACACGACACACAAACUAUUUAUUCAAAGUAUUUAUUGUUUUAUUUAUGAACUCUUUAUUUAUAACUCGAUGGACUGGAUUUUCACUACUGCAGUGAACGCACCUCACUUCAACUCUGUAAGGGUACACGCGUUUUUUUUUUCCUUUCUACAUUUGCUCAGUGUCAAGUCUCAGUCUCACUUUGUACUUCUCUGUGGCUUUUUUUCAUUUCUUUCGUUCGCAGCAAAUCUCCACAUUUACUUGUGCAAAUGCAAUUUCUAUGAUAAAGUGUUUUUGUACGAAGAUAAUCAAAAAUUUUGUAAUGAUUUUUAUCGACACGAAAAAACACAAUGAGGAGUGUCAUCCUUGGAGGAAAGGGGGUGGUACUCUAGGUUGGUAGUUCAGGACGCUUUCCUAGACACCUGAUAGAGCUGACACAAAUACGCGCACACACACACACACACACACACACACACGGACACACAAAACACUCAACACACACCCGAGAGUGCACAAUGCACCCAUCGUCCAUGGAGCAGAUUCACAUCAUUUAGUAUUCUGCUCUCCGACAGAGACACAGUGCAUUCUGGAGACGCAUCAUAACGUUUUGGAAGAGGGAAAAAUUAACUAUUUUUAUCAUGUAAAAGAAUCAUAUUUAAAGAAAGAUAUUUUUACUUCACACAGAAGAAGAGAAACAAUAAAUACUGGUUAGAGCAAAUAUGCUAUAUAGUGUACACACAGGUAGGGAGGGAAGGUUAUUGAUGAUGCUUAUCAUUGUACACCCCUGAUAACUGACCGACUGCUAGAAUCCAGUGCUGAGCAAUUGUGUGUAAAUGGUUUUAAAAAGGAAAAAGAGUAUGUAAAAAAAAUAAUAAAAUGAAAUAAAAAAAAAUAAUAAUAAAGAACACUUAACUAAUUUUGAACUUGUCGUGAAAACAAAAUGCAGUGCACACAGUUUACCCUUUGAAGUUGAUGCACAAGUUUAAAGAAAAUAAAAUGUAUUCACAAACUUU